UGUGCUGCCCACAAGAUCUCUCUCCUCCUCAUGCUGGCAGAUACCUGAGAGUGCAGAGGCUGCUUCCUGUGUGUGUCUGACAGAGCUGCUCUCCGCCAACCUUCAGGUUUGUGGGGGGUGGUGGGAGGCGCUUGCGUGCCCGCCUCUGCGAUAUGGUUAAGGGUGACCCUGCAACGCCCACAGCCACCCCAGAGCAUGGAGAAGUCAAGUAGUGAGGAGUCGGCCAUUCACCGAAGCCCGUCGGUCGACAGCUGUGACUCGGAUUUCGCUAAGGCAUCCGCCUCAGGCCGGCCAUUCAGCGGCCGCGGCUUCACCGCUGGCGCAUUCUAUGGCUCGACGGGCAUGAGCGCCCAGGCCCGUGGGGGCACCGGAGCUGGCACCGGUGACAAGAGCACUGACAAAGCCAGCAAAGCCAGGGGCAGCAAAUACGUGGUGUUUUACCUGGACCUGUCCUUUGUGUUCCUCCUAGAAUUCAAGAAGUUCAACAUGGCCCGUGGCUGCCUGUGCUGCCUCAAAUACUUGAUGUUCCUCUUCAACCUCAUCUUCUGGCUGUGUGGCUGCGGGCUGCUGGGUGUGGGCAUCUGGCUGUCAGUGUCGCAGGGCAGCUUCGCCACCUUCUCACCCUCCUUUCCAUCACUCUCUGCCGCCAACCUGGUCAUCGCCAUCGGCACCAUCGUCAUGGUGACAGGCUUCCUGGGCUGCCUCGGGUCCAUCAAGGAAAACAAGUGCCUGCUCCUGAGUUUCUUCAUUGUCCUGCUUGUCAUUCUCCUGGCCGAGCUCAUCUUGCUCAUUCUGUUCUUUGUUUACACAGAGAAGGUUAGCGAGAGCGCCAAGAAGGACCUGAAGGACGGGCUGGCGCUCUACAACACAGAAAACAACGUGGGUCUGAAGAGCGCAUGGAACAUCAUCCAAGCAGAGUGGAAGUGUUGCGGUGUGACAGGCUAUGCAGACUGGCAUGAGGCCCUGAAGGAGAAGGUGGUACCAGACCGCUGCUGCCAGGAGCACUACCAGGAGUGUGGCCGAAACGCCACCAACAUGUUCUGGACGCGGGGCUGCUAUGAGAAGGUGGAGGAGUGGCUGGAUGACAACAAACAUCUGCUGGGCACCAUCGGCAUGUGUGUGCUGGUAGUGCAGCUCCUUGGCAUGGCCUUCUCCAUGACGCUGUUCCAGCAGAUCCACAGGACAGGGAAGAAAUACGACGCCUAGGGAGAGCCAUAGGUCCCCCACUGUCCAAUGGGAUUGACUGUAGAGGGGCACACCCCCACUGGCCAGCCCCGCCCCUAUCUUCUGCUUCCACUCAUUUGCCAAAGACGAUUGGACUUUGAAUUAGGGCAGCGACUUUUGGCACGGAAUACUACGAGGCUAUCUUUCCUCAUUUUGGUUUUUAAAUAACAUUUUUUUCUCUUGGACUAGAUGUUUGCAGGAAGGAAAAACAGACAAAAGGACACCUUUACUAACACAAUCUUCUGCCUCAAGAGACGAUGCGAAGCUUGAACACAAAUGGACUCUUAACAUUUCCCCCAAGUCAAAUGGACAAAUGGUAACAGCCUAGCCCCCCACAUUUAAUGCUUUAAAUCUAGCAUGCUACAGUCUUUUUCUACUUAGUGGUUAACUUUGUAAUUUAAAAGUAAAACAAAACCUUUUUAUAGUGUGAAAUUUUUUCCCAAAUUUCCCAAUGUAUUUAAUUUGUUAUUCAUUUCAUUUCAUAUUUCCAUCGACAUAUGGAUGGUUGUUUUAUUGGUAUCAGUGGCAACACGAAUGGGUGUGAACGUGUUCAUUGGCUGUGGAUAUGUUGAGUGAGUGUGGUCAUGUUUAGUAGAUGUGGUCGUAUUGAAAGGGUGCUGACAUGUUGAGUGGGUGUGGUCAUGUUGGUGGUCAGAGAGGCUGUGGGACAUCCCAGAGGGCUGUCUGUGUGGGCAACUGCUGGGACCCAGGGAGUUGCGUCAGGCUUGUUGUCAGUCAAGUUCAAAAACUG